CCCAUAUAUGAUGAUCACGAUCGUAACUCUGGAUCACGCCAAUACCCAAACGCAUGGAUUCCGAUAAUGUUAUCGAGAGAUCUGGCAAUAAAUGCCGUGAAAGCCAUAGAGCUAUGCGGCCAACAGUUGGUGCUAUUCCGGGGCCCGUCGGGUGUCGUCCACUGUUUGUCCGCCUAUUGUCCACAUUUGGGCGCAAAUCUCGGUGUCGGCGGACAUGUGGUGACUGAGUCAGAGUCGGGCGACGACUGUAUUCAGUGUCCAUUCCNGUCAGAGUCGGGCGACGACUGUAUUCAGUGUCCAUUCCAUGGCUGGAGGUUUGGCGGAGACGGACAGUGCAAACGCAUACCUAAUCUCAAGAACUCUGAGUUAAAGUUAUUGAACGCAGGGGUAAAGAAGUGGCCAACAAUAGAGAGGAAUCAUAUGAUAUACGUUUGGCAUCACUCGGAAGGGACGGAACCCGACUACUACCCCAACAAUUUUUUAGAUGCACAUGAUUCAACACUACGUGUGGUUGACUCGUAUUCGCGUGUAUAUCGUUCACAAUUGGAGAUUGUGAACGAGAACGCAGUGGACAUAGAGCAUUUUGGCUACGUUCAUACAGUACUAAUACCACACUUAGUAACGUUGGAAUUUGAUUUUAGCGUCGAUUUCAAUGAUAAAAACAACCCUGUUACUCGCGGAACAAUGAGCAUGAUUGGUAGUUUCAUUGGUACGUUCGUGGGCGUGGGUGCAUAUGUGCCCGUUUCGCACAAUAAAACACUGACUCUGAUUGUGCCGUACGUUCGGGCGGGCCCCGCACAUUGGCCAUUUUAUGAAUUCAAAAUGUAA